AUGGCUGGCCAGGCUUUCGCUGCAAGGCCCGCGUCGCCGCUCGUGCCACUUUCCAACGAAGCAGCAUCUGAACAUGAUGGGAAAGCGACCACAGCCAAUCUGCGUGAUGUAAGUGGAUCAGAUCCACAGGUAAAGCAGAAAGGCGGUGUUAGCUCAGCAUGUCACCAGAAGCGAGCAAAAGCCGUUUCCACCACAUUUUGGCUCGUCGUUUCCUACAUUGUAGGUGUGUCCGUGUGGUUUUCACUUUGUGGUGGCGCUCGGAAGAUCAAUGAAGGGACCACGGUGAGGCAGCUUGCAGCUGGCGGUGAAAGGCAUGGAUUUCAUGGCGGGAAAAACCCACUAUUUGUUGAGAAUGAGUGGACGAGUCUGGAUGCGGAUGAGCUCGCAUCGCUGUGCGCUCAAGUCGGCGAGUGGAUACCUGAGGCUGGCGCUCAGAGCACUUCACUCCCAUUGCAAGCUGUUGCAGAGACGAUCCUAAGCUCUGAAGUGCAGGCUCAAGACAACUUUGCGCAGUUUCUUCAACCGUCUGCUGGCUCGUGCAUGCAGCCGGCGCAACAACAAGUUGCUCAAGGAAAUCCUUUGGAAAUGGAUGGCUACGCACGGCCUCAACAGGAGCAUACUAAUCAUGCUGUGGCGGGUCCAAGUUGGAAGGCUGAUGCAUCCGCGGGCAGUGCCCCUGUAGGGAGCGCCACCGCUUCCCAGUGGAUCGGUGUUCACCCAGAGGCUGUUCGGCCGACGCCUGGCUUCGUCCCUGCUCAUUUAUUUCCCUCAGGAGUUUCGUUCCUACCUUCCCUUUUUUCUUAUCAAUCAGAUUUCACACCCGAUGGAUCUUUGGGACUGAGCUCCCAGGAGGUGCAACCUGCACCACAGUCCUCACAGGGUUCCCAGCGGCAGCACAGUUUGUUGCAUGUUCUUCAAGACGAUAGGUUGGGUUCACCAGAAGGUUGGCUCCAGAGCGUUGAUGAGGUUACAGCACCAUCAGCAGCUCUAGGGCCCGUCGCAAGGUCAGGUGAGCCAGGUGGCCAUUCACACGGGCGUCCUUCAAUGCAUGAGAGAGCGACAGCGUCUCAAGGCAUCUGUGGACAGGCGUCAGAGCAUACGAAGUUAGUGCUACGGCGAAUGCUCUUGGCCAAGCCACGUUCCUCGCCAGCGACAACCAGUGGUGCGCUUUCUGAAGGCGGCUGUAUUGCAGCAGAGGGAAGGCGUACGGUAAUGGUAUGUGACUUAGAUAGCCAUCCGUUUAUUCACUUGCCUCAGUUGGACCCAAAUGUUAGACGGGAAGAUAUCAAAACGGGUCCAUUGGAAACCUGUGUAAGAUGUGAGCCUUUGGUUUUCCAUCUUAAAGCACUCAGAACCUGGUUCCUGCAACGGAGCAUCUGCAAAUUGGAGGCAAUGAAAAUGUUCGAUGUUGCGCAAAGGCUGGCAUCUCGCACUGUUCUUUCUAUGGUGGCUCCCGUAGACGGUUUGAGGCCUGCUGUAGCCGCAGAAUCUUUAGGACGUCGAUUCCUGGCGUUUAAUGCUGUCUAUGGGGCGCUGCAAGUGUUGGGGCCAACCUCAGAGCUGAGAAAAGCUUGGGAAGCAAUGAUCCUGAGCGUGCCAACGACGUACUCCCACACGCCCAGGUGCCCCAUUGAGGGCAAAUACGGGUUCCACUAUACAUUGGCAAAGCAGCUAAGUGAAGCCCUGGAACUGUACAAGCUUGGAGGUGCCCCCACAGAUGAGGACAUAAUCGAAAUUAAGCGCAAGCUGUUCUGUACGGAGCUCUCUCCAAAACGUUUUCGCGAGGCAUCUUGGUCCCUUUGGAGGAAAGAUGACAGGGAAUAUAGUGGAAAGCAAUGA